AUGGACAGUACCACCUGGAGCCCCAUGACCAACGCCACUGCCGCACCCCUCGCGACCUACGAGCGCAUCCGCAAUGCGGCCGACAUCUCUGUCAUCAUCAUCUACUUUGUCGUGGUGAUGGCUGUCGGGCUGUGGGCUAUGUUUUCCAGUAAUCGUGGGACUGUUGGAGGCUUCUUCCUGGCAGGACGAAGUAUGGUAUGGUGGCCGAUUGGAGCAUCUCUCUUUGCCAGUAACAUUGGAAGUGGCCACUUUGUGGGGCUGGCGGGGACAGGAGCUGCUGCAGGCAUUGCCAUUGGAGGCUUUGAAUGGAAUGCCCUGAUUUGGGUGGUUGCCUUGGGCUGGGUUUUUGUUCCCAUUUACAUUAAGGCUGGGGUGGUGACAAUGCCAGAGUACCUGAGGAAACGAUUUGGAGGCAAGCGGAUCCAGAUCUACCUCUCUAUUCUGUCCCUGUUACUCUACAUUUUAACCAAGAUCUCGGCAGACAUCUUCUCUGGGGCCAUAUUUAUCAACUUGGCCCUGGGUCUGGAUCUGUACCUGGCCAUCUUUCUCUUAUUGGCAAUCACUGGCCUUUACACAAUCACAGGGGGCCUGGCGGCUGUGAUUUACACCGACACUUUGCAGACGGCGAUCAUGCUGGUGGGGUCUUUUAUCCUAACUGGGUUUGCUUUCCAUGAAGUGGGAGGGUAUGAUUCCUUGAUGAGAAAGUACAUGGACGCCAUUCCAACUGUGAUUACUGAUGGAAACAUCACCGUCAACAAAGACUGCUAUACACCAAGAGCUGACUCUUUUCACAUCUUCCGAGAUCCCCUCAAAGGAGACCUGCCAUGGCCUGGGAUCAUCUUUGGGUUGUCCAUCCUUGCCCUGUGGUACUGGUGCACAGAUCAGGUCAUUGUGCAACGCUGCCUCUCAGCCAAAAACAUGUCUCAUGUGAAGGCCGGCUGUAUCCUGUGUGGGUACAUGAAGCUGCUGCCCAUGUUCCUCAUGGUGAUGCCAGGAAUGAUCAGCCGCAUCUUGUACACAGAAAAAAUUGCCUGCACUGUCCCCUCGGAAUGUAAGAAAUAUUGCGGUACUGAGGUUGGCUGUACCAACAUCGCUUACCCGACCUUGGUGGUGGAGCUCAUGCCCAAUGGGCUGCGUGGCCUGAUGCUGUCAGUCAUGUUGGCCUCUCUCAUGAGCUCCUUAACCUCCAUUUUCAAUAGCGCCAGCACCCUCUUCACCAUGGACAUCUAUACCAAGGUCCGGAAGGGAGCAUCUGAGAAAGAGCUCAUGAUUACAGGAAGGUUGUUCAUCCUGGUGCUGAUAGGCAUCAGCAUUGCCUGGGUGCCCAUUGUGCAGUCAGCACAAAGUGGGCAGCUCUUCGAUUACAUCCAGUCCAUUACCAGUUACUUGGGACCACCCAUUGCAGCUGUCUUCCUGCUUGCUAUUUUCUGGAAGAGAGCCACUGAGCCGGGAGCCUUUUGGGGACUGAUCCUAGGAUUUCUGAUCGGGGUGUCCCGUAUGGUGACUGAAUUUGCCUAUGGAACUGGGAGCUGCAUGCAGCCCAGCAACUGUCCCACAAUUAUCUGUGGUGUGCACUACCUGUACUUUGCCAUCAUCCUCUUUGUCAUUUCUGUCAUCAUCAUCGUGGUUGUCUCUCUCUUCACCAAGCCAAUUCCAGAUGUGCAUCUCUACCGCCUGUGUUGGAGCCUGCGCAACAGCAAAGAGGAGCGUAUUGACUUGGAUGCAGGAGAGGAGGACAUUCAAGAAACCCCAGAGGAGACCAUUGAAAUUGAUACAGAAGUUCCUGAGGAGAAAAAAGGAUGCUUCAAGCGGGCCUAUGAUCUAUUUUGUGGCCUGGACCAGCAGAAAGGCCCCAAGAUGACGAAGGAAGAGGAGGAAGCUAUGAAGCUGAAGAUGACAGACACCUCUGAGAAGCCUUUAUGGCGAACAGUAGUGAACAUCAAUGGCAUCAUCCUGCUGGCCGUGGCCGUUUUCUGCCAUGCAUAUUUUGCCUAAGCCUUGCCUUCUUUGGCAGGCCUUGUUCAGGAAGGCCAGACUUUUUACUCUGCCUCCUUUACUUCUAUUCUCUGGUGUAAGCUGGUGGUAAACCAGCCAGUUGUAAAUUUUGCCCAGUUGAUAAAUGUGUACAGAUGUAAUUACAGGAUAACUGAAGAAAAAUCAAUAAUUUGCUUUUAACUUAUGUAUUUGAGGCCAGUGUGAUAUCAUCAGCUGUAUAUAUUAGAGCUGCAGAAGGAAAGUCCAACUCAGUCAUGUCCAGGAAAAGGUGCAGUAAGAAAGAAGUCCUGCCAUGUGUGAUGCAAGUUUUUCUCAGGUAGAUUCAGUGUGUCAGUGUUGUUUGUGAUCCUUGAAUAUUAUUUUAAGAGUUGUAGUCUCCCUGGUUCAUGCUGCUUUCCCUUCAUGACCUUCUCCCCAUCUUUUUAAAAGAGAAAUAUUUCCCCUCUCAUCAUACACCUGUCAAGUUCUUCCUGGCAUGAGAAAAAUCAAUCUGAUAAACUGAUGAAUGCAUUGAAGCUGAAGAUGGGAACUUGAUAGGGUCCCUGGCCUGGGCGUUUUGCUCUUUGAAGGGAAAGCUUGGGGAUGGCAGAACUUACCCCAAAGGGAGGGACCCAGGCACCAGCCUCAGGCCAGUGGGGAAAGUGGAUAAUCUUGAGUCAAAGGGAUUUUCUGGUUUUCUUUAAAUUGUCUGUUAUGAGUUCCUCAUGUUUGAGAUUUCACUUAUUUUGUCAUUUGCUGUGUCUGGAAUGUCUUUGGCACUCAGCAAUGGACUUAUGGACCAAAUGGAUGAUUUGGG